GGUUGGCAACUGUAGCUCGCGAACUCUCUGGGCUCUUCGCGAGUUCGCCACAUGCUUUUCGGGGCCGUCUGAAAUCCAAGGUAUUCAGGAUAGCUAGCAUGAAUUUAUGACAAUGUUCGCUACAGUUCGCGUUCCUGCUCGGUUGGUUCGCUGCUGUGUGGUAUGCACGAAGCUGAACGGAGUCUCCCGUCCGAUUGCAUCAUUCGAAGCCGGCAAAACUUUACAGUAUGCGGGGGCGAACCAGCGGAUACGUCAGUUCCACGCAUCGUCUAGUCUGUGCAGGAGGGACUACUACGAGGUUCUUGGCGUGCCCAAAAACUCCAAUCAAAAAGACAUCAAAAAGGCGUACUACCAGCUCGCAAAGAAGUACCACCCAGACACUAACAAGGGGGACCCUGAAGCAGCAAAGAAGUUCCAGGAGGUCUCUGAAGCCUAUGAGAUACUGAGCGAUGACUCCAAGAGGCAGCAGUACGACCAGUGGGGCACAACGUCGGACUUCCCCGGAGGAGCGGGAGCCGGAGCGGGUGCCGGAGCGGGCUCCCAAGGCACCUGGGGUCCGGGAGGUUUCCACUCCACCAUCGACCCCGAAGAACUCUUCCGCAAGAUCUUCGGCGACCUGGGGUCGCGGACGGGAUUCUCGGACUUCGACUUCUCAGAAUCCCAGUUCGGCUUCGGCGGAGCGCAGGAGGUGAUUCUGAAUCUGACCUUCCAACAAGCGGCCCGUGGGGUGAACAAGGACGUCAACGUGAACGUCGUCGACACAUGUCCACGGUGUCAGGGGUCCCGCAGCGAGCCUGGUAGCCGCGCCGUCCGAUGCCCCUACUGCAACGGCAGCGGCAUGGAGACGAUCAGCACUGGCCCCUUCGUGAUGCGCAGCACCUGCAGGCACUGCCACGGUUCCCGCAUGCACAUUCAGCACCCUUGCCAGCAGUGCCACGCCAAGGGCACCACCGUGCAGCGGAAGAUGGUGACCGUGCCUGUGCCAGCCGGUGUGGAGGAUGGCCAGACCGUUCGCAUGCAGGUCGGCAAGAAAGAGCUCUUCGUCACCUUCAAGGUGGCUCGGAGUGACUACUUCCGUCGGGACGGUCCGGAUGUCCACACGGACGCCGGCAUCACCCUCUCUCAGGCAGUCCUGGGGGGCACGGUCCGUGUUCAGGGCAUCUACGACGACAUCAUGCUUAAGAUCCCGGCUGGAACGUCAUCUCACACCAAGAUCCGUCUGGCGAACAAAGGGGUGAAGCGUCUCAACUCGUCUGGCUACGGAGAUCACUAUGUUCACAUCAAGAUACGCAUUCCUCAGAAGAUGAGUGACAAGCAGAAGGCCCUGGUGCAAGCUUACGCAGAACUCGAGGACGACACCCCAGGCACGGUGGACGGCAUCGUCAACACGAGGCAAGGCAAAACUGCAAUGGACGAUCCCGAAGGCCUUGUCAGACAGAUCCGUACCGCCCUCGAAGAGACCUCUCUCGAAGAGCCUGUUGUCGAGAAACUGGAAGGCCAAAAUGACAGCAAGGCAUAGCGGUUUUUUUAAGGCCUCUCCUUAGUUGUAAUUUAGGUGCACCCACUACCGUCUGUCGGCAUCAUCUUUUUUGUUAUUGAAAUGACAUUAAUAAAAUAUGGCAUGUCAUUACAGUUCAUUCCUGUUACAUUUGGAGAGCACUCUUUUUAGCUUUGUUUGCUGGUGACCGGUGUCGCGUGAUCUCGCAUUGUUGAAGCCAAAUAAAAAUGCUUUAGUCCCAUGA